GUUGGAGCAAUUCUUGGGAACCCCUCGGCCUCCAUUCGGCUCCGUCGACGUAAGCGGGAAGUGCUCGCUACGAUUAUGUCGCCGGAUUUUCUUCCGCUAUUGCUCCUUGCAGUGUCAUGUGUCGACGGGCAGCAUCGGCGCUCUCCUGAAAGCCCUGGCGACCUGGAAAUGCUCGACGCCAUUCUACAGACUUACGACCGACGUGCACUCCCGACUACGCAUUUAGGUGUACCAACAAAAGUGGCCUGCGAAAUUUACAUUCGCAGCUUUGGCUCCAUCAAUCCUGCUACAAUGGAUUACGAAGUGGAUUUAUACCUGCGGCAAACAUGGCAGGAUGACCGUCUUAUGAGGCCGAAUGUGUCUCGCCCUUUGGACCUCAACGAUCCCAAGCUCGUGCAGAGGAUAUGGAAGCCGGAAGUGUUUUUCGCCAAUGCAAAACACGCCGAGUUCCAGUAUGUCACCGUGCCUAAUGUCCUGGUGCGAGUGAAUCCGGAUGGAAAAAUUCUCUACAUGCUCAGGUUAAAGCUGCGGUUCGCCUGUAUGAUGGACCUCUACCGAUUUCCAAUGGACUCGCAGGUGUGUAGCAUCGAGCUGGCUUCGUUUUCAAAAACCACGGAAGAGCUGCAUCUCGAGUGGUCAGCUACGACGCCUAUCAUCCUCUUUGAGAACCUCAAGCUUCCACAGUUUGAAAUCCAGCACAUCAAUACGUCCAACUGCAUGGAAAAGUUUCACAUUGGUGAAUACAGUUGCCUGAAAGCAGACUUCCACCUACAACGAUCAUUGGGAUACCACAUGGUGCAGUCAUACUUGCCCACGAUUCUCAUUGUGGUCAUUUCGUGGGUGUCCUUCUGGCUAGACGUUGAGUCCAUACCAGCUCGAACGACCCUUGGGGUCACGACGUUGUUGACCAUCUCCUCCAAAGGAUCAGGAAUUCAGUCCAACUUACCGCCUGUUUCCUACGUAAAAGCUAUUGAUGUCUGGAUGGGCGUCUGCACAGGGUUCGUUUUUUCGGCCCUCCUCGAGUUCACAGUCGUCAGUUGCCUCACAAGAGCACAGGCACACGAUAAGGACAAGCCAAUACCGGACGUAAAACAUGGCGUUCCCAUUGUUGAUGCGUCAACACUCGCUAUCGCACAGCGCUGUGGUUUCCGCGCUAAGCGGAUCGACCAUCUUUGCCGCGUUGCGUUUCCAGCUGUAUUCCUAAUGUUCAACGGCAUUUACUGGCCCUACUUCAUGCGAAUAGCUGUAUAGACGAUGGGGAAGUUAAUGCCUCUGUCCUACCUCGCGACAUCUCGAUUCAUCUCCGUGAACCGAUCAGAUGUCAGACAACAUUCCUAGGCAUGACAUCAACCAUAUCCCGCAGAUGACGUAGCCCGUGCGUAGAAAGCACGUGCCAAUGUGCUCACUUGUAGCAUGCAUCACCGUAGCUCUAGUCAGAUAAUAACCGGGCAUGGCGCGCAGAAUCUUGCGCUGAAUUGUAGGAUAAAAAAGCAAUGUGCCAAAAUGUCUCCAACUAUGUCCAGGAGACUGAGGGAACGUGUGGCAGUCGUACGGAAAGCCCCGGUGAGAAUGAGGUAAAAAGAAGCCGAGCUAUUUUUACCUUUCCCUUUUUAUCUCCUAUACUUCUCUGGUGUUGCACUGGGACUGUCAGUUGGUGAGGGUCUCACGAUGACGGGAGGACAUCACGUUCUAUGUGACGUUCUGACGUCACCCGCUCAAAGGUUGACCACCUGCGUACCGCUCAUGAUAGGAUGAUGGCCCGAUAAGGCCGUGACAGCUGUCCAGUGCUGAUAGUGGCGACGUUUGAGUUAUAGAAUUCCACGAACAACGUUGCUCAAAUAUGAUACUACGUCAGUGAAGAACUAGAUUAUUCGUGUACCGUUCUAGUUGUUUGUAGGUUGUAUGA